CUUUAAAUAGCCAGCACCUUCCCCUUCCCCCUAGAUAAUUCUUCUCCCCUGACUGGACUUCUGGCAGAAACUUCACUAAGGUGGGAUGGAUAGCAAGGUCUCAGGCACAACCAGUAAUGGAGAGACAAAACCUGUGUAUCCAGUCAUGGAAAAAGCGGAGGAAGAUGGCACCCUGGAGCGAGGGCACUGGAACAACAAGAUGGAGUUUGUGCUGUCAGUGGCUGGGGAGAUCGUUGGCUUAGGCAACGUCUGGAGGUUUCCCUAUCUCUGCUACAAAAAUGGGGGAGGUGCUUUCUUUAUCCCUUACCUCAUUUUCCUCUUUACCUGUGGCAUUCCUGUCUUCCUCUUGGAGACAGCGCUGGGUCAGUACACAAGCCAGGGAGGUAUCACAGCCUGGAGGAAGAUCUGCCCCAUCUUCGAGGGUAUUGGCUAUGCCUCCCAGAUGAUCGUCAUCCUCCUUAACAUCUAUUAUAUCAUUGUCCUGGCCUGGGCCCUCUUCUACCUCUUCAGCAGCUUCACCACCGACCUCCCCUGGGGAAGCUGCCACCAUGAGUGGAAUACAGAGAACUGUGUGGAGUUCCAGAAGACCAAUGGAUCCCUGAAUGUGACCACUGAGAAUGCCACGUCCCCUGUCAUCGAGUUCUGGGAGAGGCGGGUCCUGAAGAUCUCUGAUGGCAUCCAGCACCUGGGGGCCCUGCGCUGGGAGUUGGUCUUAUGUCUCAUGCUCGCAUGGGUCAUCUGCUACUUCUGCAUCUGGAAGGGGGUCAAGUCCACAGGCAAGGUGGUGUACUUCACAGCCACAUUCCCUUACCUCAUGCUGGUAGUCCUGUUAAUUCGAGGAGUGACACUACCUGGUGCCGCCCAAGGAAUCCAGUUUUAUCUGUACCCCAACCUCACACGUCUGUGGGAUCCCCAGGUGUGGAUGGACGCUGGCACCCAGAUCUUCUUCUCCUUUGCCAUCUGUUUGGGCUGCCUCACGGCCCUGGGCAGCUACAACAAGUAUCACAACAACUGCUACAGGGACUGCAUUGCCCUCUGCUUCCUCAACAGUGGCACCAGCUUUGUGGCCGGGUUUGCCAUCUUCUCCAUCCUGGGAUUCAUGUCUCAGGAGCAGGGGGUGCCUAUUUCUGAGGUUGCUGAGUCAGGCCCUGGCUUGGCCUUCAUCGCCUACCCUCGGGCUGUGGUGAUGCUGCCCUUCUCUCCCCUCUGGGCCUGCUGUUUCUUCUUCAUGGUCGUUCUUCUGGGACUAGAUAGCCAGUUUGUGUGCGUAGAGAGCCUGGUGACGGCGCUGGUGGACAUGUAUCCCCGGGUGUUCCGCAAGAAGAACCGGAGGGAGAUCCUCAUCCUUGCAGUGUCUGUCGUCUCCUUCCUGGUGGGGCUGGUCAUGCUCACAGAGGGUGGCAUGUACGUGUUUCAGCUCUUUGACUACUAUGCAGCCAGUGGCAUGUGCCUCCUGUUCGUGGCCAUCUUUGAGUCUCUUUGUGUGGCUUGGGUUUAUGGAGCCAGGCGCUUCUAUGACAACAUUGAAGAUAUGAUUGGGUACAGGCCAUGGCCUCUUAUCAAAUAUGGUUGGCUCUUUUUCACGCCAGCUGUGUGCACGGCCACCUUCCUGUUCUCCCUGGUCAAGUACACUCCACUGACCUACAACAAGAAGUACACAUACCCAUGGUGGGGUGAUGCCCUGGGCUGGCUCCUGGCUCUGUCCUCCAUGGUCUGCAUUCCUGCCUGGAGCUUAUACAAACUCAGCACUCUCAAGGGCUCCUUCAGAGAGAGAAUCCGCCAGCUCACAUGCCCAGCUGAGGACCUGCCCAAAUGGAACCAAGGAGGACCCCCUGCCCCUGCCACACAUACAACGUCACUUCUCAGAACGUCACUCAAAGAACCCGAGUCUCACUGCUAGGGUCCGGACUCUCAGAUGGUGCCUGUGAGCUUGGGUGUGGGGCCAACUGCAGGAGCAGAGGGCCAAUGCAGUCCCUCUCUGCUUCCCUGCUCCCCACCUGGGGCAGACAAGACAAAAGAUAUUUGCCAAAUAGCCCAAAAGAUAUUUGGGGAUCUGCCUUCCGCACUGGGGGCCUUCCACUCCAACUUCCCUGCUCCAGGGGUGGUCUAAACAGUUGUGAGAUGCCAGUAUCAAGAGGACCCCUUUGAGGCAGCUUGGGAAGCUAGCUGGGUGAGGGCUGGCGGGGUGAGAGCAUGGCUGGCGUCUGGCCUUCUACCCUUCAUUCCAUUAAACCCAUCUUCCCCCUGA